AUGCACAACCAGCCGUACCAGCAGGUCCCGCCUAGCCCGGCCAAGCAUCCGCACCAGCACCACCAGCACCAGUCUUCUUCUUCGUCUGGCUCUUCGCACGGCCACGGCCACGGAUCAGAACCGCUCAUGACGACCGCGCCGAUGUAUGCUCCGUUUCAAUACAUGCAGCAUGGGCAACCUCCACACCAGCAACAAUUCAUCCAGCCCGACCUAGGAGAGAUUGCGCCACCCGACCAUGUGCCUGGAGUACAGGUGACCGGCGCUACCCCAACCAAGCUUCGAUCGCAACAUCCCUCAUCCGACAUCCCCAACUCCUCCCCUCUCGAAGUCUCCAUCGAGCCUUACCCCUCCGUGAUGGCUAUUGCUCCCAAGCUGCCAUCCGCCUCGUCAUCCGCCCCCUCCAUCCCUCCCAAGAGCACCAUGGGUCCCAGGCAACGCACCGCAGAGGAUGAGGAGGCCCGCAAGGCCCGCAAGCGCGAAAUGGGGCGGGAACGUCAACGCCGAGGACGAGAUGCCCUCAAACGACGAGGUCGAGGUGAAUGA